ACUUCAUUCGUGCCGUCAGCAGGCGGCUGCAAUAACAUAGACAACGGAACAAAUUAGUAGGAGAAAAAAGUUUUCCAGAUUUCGAUUCACGUGCAUAGAUUGGAAAUCGAUUCGAGUGAUGCCCAUCGACCCAAGACGCCGAAUCCCCUCUGCUUCUCCGUUCAUCCCUCAAAACCCUAAAUUUCUUCUUCGCUUCAGUAGUGGACCGAGCGGAGGAAGCAGGGAUGGAGACCAGUCCUCGUCAGCACGACGACGUUUCGAGGAGAACCCACCAGCAGAAGCAAGAAGGGCUUCUAGAUUUGAUCCUGCGACGGCCCGUGCGGUGGCUAAGAAUGUUGAUUGACGAGCUCCAUUGGAGUUUCUUCCUGGGUGUGAUCAUCGUCUAUGGCGUCAGCCAAGGACUUGGCCAUGGCCUCAGCAAAGUCAGCACGCAAUACUACUUGAAGGAUGAGCAAAAAGUACAACCCUCCGAAGCACAGGUGUACGUUGGUGUGAUUCAGAUCCCUUGGAUCGUUAAACCAAUCUGGGGAUUGUUCACUGAUGUUGUUCCGGUUCUGGGUUACCGGCGACGGCCGUAUUUCAUUUUCGCCGGCCUUCUCGCUAUGAUCUCUAUGCUGGUACUGUCGCUGCACAGGAAUCUGGAUCUUGCAUUGGCAUUGUCCUCUCUUGUGGCAGGAAGUGCUGGAGUUGCGGUAGCAGAUGUAACGAUUGACGCUUGUGUAACGCAAUGUAGCAUAAGCAAUCCCUCACUUGCCAGCGAUAUGCAAAGUUUAUGUGGCAUAAGCUCCUCGGUAGGAUCUUUAGUGGGUUUAUCUCUAAGUGGCCUUUUGGUACACUUAUUCGGCCCCAAGGGCGUGUAUGGUUUACUCAGUUUGACAGCAGGAUUAGUUGUUAUGGCCGGGAUGCUUCUGAACGAAUCUCCUUCUCGAAGUUUAGGUCGCAAGCGGGUGAAUGAGAAGUUCAUGGAGGCUGGAAAAUCAAUAUGGAAAACUUUUCAAUAUGGCGAGGUGUGGAGACCAUGCUUGUUUCUGUUCUUGUCCGCUGCAUUGAGCUUGCACAUCCAUGAAGGCAUGUUCUAUUGGUACACAGAUUCAAAGGACGGGCCUUUAUUUUCAAAGGAAGCAGUUGGAUCCAUUCUCUCAUUUGGAGCUGUUGGUUCCCUUGUGGGUAUACUUCUUUACCAAAACUUUCUAAAGAACUUCCCUUUCCGGAACGUGAUCUUCUGGGCACUUUCCCUCUCGGUUCUAUCCGGACUUCUGGAUUUGGUAUUAGUCCUCCGCGUUAAUCUGAAGAUGGGUAUUCCAGAUUACUUCUUCAUCGUCAUAGACGAGGUGGUCUCUCGUAUGAUCAGUAGAAUCAAGUGGCUGCCUCUCCUGGUUCUGAGCUCCAAGCUUUGCCCUUCUGGCAUGGAGGGAACGUUCUUUGCGUUGCUCAUGUCGAUCGACCAUGUUGGACACUUUAUCUCCUCGUGGGGCGGAGGGAUUUUACUUCAUGGCUUGAAGGUUACGCGUACGGAGUUUGAUAAUCUCUGGUUGGCUAUCGUGAUCAGGAGUUUGUUGAGGCUGAUUCCGAUCGGAUUGGUGUUUUUGAUUCCGAAUUCUGAUCCAAACUCGUUCGUUCUUCCGACAGAGAUGUUGAAGAACAGAACAGGCGAAGCUGUUCUGGAAUCUGACAACGUUGAGAUGUCUGCUCUCUUAGGCGCAGAAGCUUGAUCCAUUUGAUGCAGUGGUUGGACAGGACGGGAACCAGAUUUUUUAGGAUGUUUCAGAGUUAUUGAUAUUUGAAAUCGCAUCUUAUACCUAUGAUUUCGAAUUUUAUAAUUUUUAAUAAAUAUAAAAAUAAUUACAUUUUCAUAA